AUGCCUAGCCAAAAGCGCCGGAGACGAGACGAAAGUCCUCAGAGCUCCGUGAGGGAUUCCGAGUCUAAUGGAAAUGAUGGGAGCGAUUUCGAGGUUGUUCCUGCAGAUUCCGACGUAGACAUCUCUGAUCUUCUCACGAGGCCACAAAACCUGGAUGGCGAAGACGAUGACAUCGAGGACCUCAUUCGCGUUCACCAAAGUAAGCGGCUUGCAAAAGAGGGCACCGAAGCCGUCAAGAGGGCACUAAGGGGGAAAAAGAAGCAAAAUGCUGGCGUUACUGGGGGAGGCAGUUUCCAAAGCAUGGGUCUCCAUCCAUCUCUUCUUCAUGGUCUCUUAACUCGUGGUUACCGUAACCCAACCCCUAUCCAGCGGGCAUCCAUCCCUUCCUUACUUGCCACUCCGCCAAGAGACCUGGUUGGAAUGGCUCGCACUGGCUCCGGAAAAACUCUCGCGUACAUGGUGCCUCUUAUUCAGCGCCUCGGGGGGCGUCAUGUUACAACAUUUGGUGCAAGGGCCCUUAUAUUAGUUCCAGCUCGUGAGCUCGCCCUUCAGGUCAUGAAGGUUGGGAAGGACCUUGCUCGAGGUUGGGAUUAUUCGGGCGGGAAGCACGCUGGCGACAAUAUGGAAGCGGAAUCGAAAAAGUCGCAAACUCUUCGUUGGGGUCUUAUUGUAGGAGGCGAAAAGUUAGAUGAGCAGUUCGAGAUGAUAACGUACAAUCCUGAUGUUAUUAUUGCGACUCCCGGCCGUUUACUUCAUUUGGCUGUCGAAAUGAAUCUUGAGCUGAAGUCCAUCCAAUAUGUGGUUUUUGACGAGGCUGAUCGCUUAUUCGAAAUGGGAUUCGAAGCCGCGCUGCAAGAACUCAUUCAUCGUCUCCCGUCAACCCGCCAAACAGUUCUGUUCUCCGCCACGCUCCCCAAGUCCCUCGUUGAGUUUGCAAAAGCUGGGCUCCAAAAUCCGAAGCUGGUCCGAUUGGAUGCUGAAAGCAAAAUUAGCAGCGACCUUCGUAUGGCGUUCUUCUCCGUCAAACAGACUGAGAAGGACGCGUGUUUAUUGACUCUGCUGCGUGACGUGAUCAAGAUUCCGUUGCGUAAUGCGUCCACUCGCACUGAGGCAGACAAUGAAGAUACGGGCGGUCGUGAGGCAUCAAGGUCCGCUGGAGAUAAGGGGAAAGGACUGUCUCAUAAUCACCAGAUGGCUCCACACCAAACUCUUAUUUUUGUCGCAACGAAACAUCACGUCGAGUACCUUUUUUCCCUUCUCACUGAAGUCGGAUAUUCAGUAUCGCACAUUUACGGCGCUCUCGACCAAGGGACGCGUACACAGCAGAUGUCCCGAUUCCGAAAAGGUAUUACAUCUAUCCUUGUGGUAACCGAUGUUGCGGCUCGCGGGAUUGAUAUCCCUGUGUUGGAGAAUGUUGUAAACUAUGAUUUCCCUCACGGCUCACGCGUAUUUGUUCAUCGUGUUGGGCGGACGGCAAGGGCGGGAAGAAAAGGUUGGGGAUGGAACUUCGUGACUCACAAUGACUUGCCGCGCCUGCUCGACCUUCAGUUGUUUCUUGGUAGACCUCUCAUGUCCCGGAACCAGCUGGAAACUUCGUCCUCAUCGUUAGAGAUAACAGAAGCUUUCUUUGCUGAAAACCUCAUACUUGGAACCUUUGAUCGAGUCACCCUCGAUGAUCAGAUGGAAGCAAUUACUACGCUUGAUGUGGCUAACUCUUCCUUGCCCUCACUUCGUGCAGUAAUGCACCGAGGCCACGGGAUGUAUGAACGCAGCUUGGGAAAGGCUAGCCAGGCUAGUUACAGUCGCGCCAAGGAAAUGACUAAAGAGUCGGAAGAUGGCCCUAGUUGGGGCCUUACGGGAGGAUCUGGGGAAGCGGUCAAUGUACACCCCGUCUUCGGUUUAUUUGGGGCAACGAGGCCCCGAAACCCAGCCCCAGAGGGGUCAACAUUGAAUCCCGAUGCUGCUCGUAAUACUCUUCUUCGCGCUGUGGACUCCUUCCGCCCAUCUGAAACUAUCUUUGAAAUCGGAGCGAAAGGGAAUUCAGGCGCCACUCAACUGAUGAAGGAUCGGCGGAAAGCACUGGAGAAGGCGAACAAACGAGCUCUUCCCACCAUGCAGGCUCCUUCUGUCCUAGCAGGCAACCUAACAGAAACACCUAGUGAUGCGAAUAGGCCGGUGGAUAUGGAGAUGGCCGAUGAGGGAGAUAUCCAGGACGCUUUCCAGUUACAAGAUAAGAAAUACCAUAAACGAGAUUAUCGGGAUCCUGAAUUCUUUAUGUCGCAUCAACAAAAGGAUGCGGCUGCGGAAAAAGGGUAUUCGCUGAAAGAUGGGGCAUCAUUCGUUCAGCAGGCUGCAUCCGCAACCUUUGAUCUGACGACCGACGAAGCCCUCACGGGCCGGCAACGUCGUGAGAAACAACUCACAUGGGAUAAGAAGAAAAAGAAGUGGGUCAAGGGACAAGAAGGGGCCGACAACGUGAAGCUCAUCAAAACAGAGAGUGGAGCACGCCUGCCAGCAUCCUAUGUCAGUGGCCGCUUCGAAGAGUGGAAGUCGAAGACCAAGUUGAAGUUGCCGAGGGUGGGCGAGGCCGAACUUAACCGUCUAGGCACGGGUUCGGGGAACAGUACCCGACGUUUCAGGUUCGCCUCGAAAACUCCUGCCAAGCCUCUUGAUCCCAAAGCCUACGGCUAUGAGCGAAGACUGCGGCAGCUCAAACGCAAAACCUCCGAGGCCGAAGGAGAAAGAUCUGACGCACCUAAAAAGGCUUCCUCCAGCUCUGGCCCGCCACCGCGCGGCAAGAAAGCCGGAGCUGGAUCGCGAUUCGGGGGCACCAAUGUUGGCAAAGCCAAGAGCGAGCUGAAGACUGUUGAUCAGAUACGACGAGCUCGCGAGGUAAUGGCCAAAAAGAGGGACAGGAACGCUCGGCCAAGCCGGAAACGCAAAUGA